UUUUGUUUUCCUUUUACACUUGGCGGAUGCCCGACUGCCCCCUGCCUAGUCCGACUGUUCCCGAUCCAGUCCACGCCCAAACCGCGUUAGCUGAUGCGACAUUGAGGCUCGAUGGCGGACGACCAGCAGAGCGCCGGAGGGGACGCCGCCGUCGUGAUCGUCGUCGUUGCGGAGGACAUGGCGCCUUCGGCGGUGGGAUCAGAGGCGAAGGGGGCCGAGAAGGGGCUGGAGGCCGCCUCCGUGGCUGUCAACGUGGCGACCGGGCCUGGUGGCCGGGCCGAGAAGGACAGCGGGAAGGAUCCGGAGUCGGAGACGACCUGUCGGAUCUGCCAUUUGAGCAAGGAAGGCUCCGAACUCUUCGAGCUGGGGUGCGGGUGCAAGGGCGAUCUCGGGAUCGCGCAUCGGCACUGCGCUGAGACCUGGUUCAUGGUCAAGGGCAACAGAUUCUGUGAAAUUUGUGGUGCAAACGCAAAAAACAUCACCGGCGAGAACGAUAGCAAAUUCAUGGAUGAGUGGUACGAGAGGGGAGAAUCGAGCAACCGAGACCCCUCCGAAAGGUGUAGUUGCUGGAGGCAGCAACCUUUCUGUAAUUUCGUGAUGGCUUGCUUGGUGAUUGCAUUCAUACUUCCAUGGUUUUUCCGGGUAAACAUGUUCUGAUAUUUCUUUCUCCUGUGCCACUCUCAUGCUCAUGAACUAUAAUAGGUUGAAAACAUGGCUGUAAAUAUUAAAAAGUAGCUUAAAUCAUUUGCAUUUCUGUUUAUAUGUUUGGUUCUUCUAGUGUGUGUGUGUGUGUUUUUUAGUUCUAAUCUGUGUUGGAUGCUGUAUUUGUUAUUACCAUAUAAGAUUCCUAAGAAAUAUUGCUAGCUCUA